AUGAUAAAGCGAUCAAAGACGCCACAAAAUCCACGCAAGUUGAUUCUGAUUCCUCCUUUCUUACAGCAGACUUUGAUAAGAAAAUAUCAAGAGGCUAUAGAUGAUGCCUAUGAAAAGGGACUUUCACUUUAUCCACAUAAUACUAUUUUAAAAUCUGCGCUUGGCGCUGAACAAAAAGUCAGCGAGAUCCGUCUACGCGAGGAGGUGGUGGUACAUCUACAGAUAGUAAACAUGCUUCCUUCCUGGUGGUGGCGGUUUUCCGGCUGGAAUUGCAGGAUUAGCUGA